AUGGCCUCGCUACUUGCUCGUUCUGUCUCCUUUUUCCUGCUGUUCUCUUCGGCACUGUCCACUGGAUUCACGCCAUGUCCACUCCUGGGGCCUGGGUUUCCUCCUUUCGCCCUAGACACCAACGAUACGAUAGUUGGGAAAGCCCUUGAAAUUCUCACUGCCAAUUUUGAUCAGCUCGUUCAGACGGGUACUGGCCCCAACGGAGAUAUCUCGCCAAACACUACCUUCAGUAUCGCACUGUUCUCAGCUAACAAGGGAACCGCUGAGGACAAACCGUUUUUCUGGGAGUAUCAUCAUACAUCCCCUGCUUUUAAGAAGGCAAACCAUCUCUCUCAAAACGUCACCAAGGACAGCAUUUAUCGUAUUGGAGGGCUUACCGAAGUCUUCACUCUGUGGAGUCUUCUGUUGGCUGAGGGAGAUCAAAUCUUCAACGACCCCGUUGUCAAUUAUCUGCCUGAACUUGCCAGUGCCUUACAAGGACAUCAGGAUCCCAUUAAUCUAGUUCGAUGGUCGGAUGUUACCGUUGGCCAGCUCGCCAGCCAUAUGAGCGGGAUUGCUCGAGACUAUUGCUCUAGCAACCUUGCUUCUACAGACAAUGAUCAAAGGGCAGGGCUGCUGACAUAUCAUGAAGCCAAGCUACCAUGCUGUGCUGACCACUCGCGAUGCAGUACCAGUGAAUUCAUUCAACAUUUGGCGACCAGAGUGCCAGUUGUUGCUGCUGGGGUGACCCCAAGUUAUUCGAACAUGGCAUUCCAGCUUCUCGGAUACAUCAUCGAAAGGCGCACCGGAGCGUCUUUUGCCAAGGUCGUCCAGGAACGUCUUCUCAACCCUUUGCGAAUGAACGAAACCACUGUAUUCGCACCCAAAAACUCAACCAUGGGAGUUAUUCCGGUUAAUGAGACAGCUAGUGGAUGGUCGGCUCGAACACCAGGCUCUGAGGCAUCCACAUCUAUGUUCUCGAGCAUCAAAGACCUUGCAAUAGCCGGCCAAGCAAUUCUCAAUUCAACCCUUCUUUCAUCGAGCCAAACGCAUCGCUGGCUCAAGCCUGUUUCGCACACCUCCAACCCCAAAAACUCUCUUGGCGCACCCUGGAUAAUCUACAGUGGCGGCGAAUACCCCCAAACCUCUAUGAUUGAUGUUUAUACUAUUCUCAGCAAUGAAGGAACCAACGAGGGGCUUUACAGCUCCUAUGUCGGCUUGGUUCCGGACUACGACAUUGGCUAUGUUAUUUUGUCCGCUGAUACUGUCAGCCCGGCAGAUCUGAAUGUCCACGCAGACUACAUGCAAGUCGUCCUUGAGGGUAUAAUCAAAACGUCCAUUAACCAAGCUGCCCAGAACUUUGGUGGUGCAUAUGCGGCUUCUAACUUGAAUUCUUCUAUCACCGUCAAGUACGACGAACUUCCGGGGUUGUUGAUUGAAAGCUUCAUCAGCAACGGGACCGACUUUCGUGAGACUCUGGCAAACCUCGUCGGUGUCGUUAAUGCGACAGAUCUGAGUAUUCGUCUAUAUCCGAACCAGCUUGUUCAGCAGCAUGGGUCUGAAUCUAAGCGGGCGUUCAGGGCCGUUUUCCAGGACAAGACAGAGCUUGCAGAUGCAGGGACACCCACCUGUGUUUCCUGGCUAGAUUUGGACAAGUUUCAGUAUGCUGGGCAUGGACUGGACGAAUUUAUUUUCACUCUGAAUCCCGAGGGCAAGGCUAUUAGUUUGGAGAUCCCGGCGUUGGAAGUUACCCUUGAACGGAAAGCAUAA